AUGGGUUCUUCUUCAGGUUUGAGGUUCCCAGAGCACUGGGUAUUGAUGGGAGCCACUGCACUAGUUUGUGGGUUUGUUGGGUACUUAGUGUAUGAUGCUGUUAUGGCCACUGCAUCUGAGUUGCUACAACGUUUGCUGGUGAUUUCUCCACUCUUGUUGAUCAUCAUAGUUCACUGGCUCUCCACUGGUACCCACAUAAGCUUCCCCAUGCCAGGAUCUGAGCCCAGUGCCAUCCACAGAGCUGGAGGUUCCCCUUGGGGUGUUGCUUUUCUUCUUCUUUUGCUUUUCUUUCUCAUUUCCUUCCAACCUUCACUGCAUCACCUUAUUUCUUAG